UGGAGUUGAACUCGUGCCAUUGUAGUGACUCAUCUCGGGCAGAGCGCAGGGGCUCCGAGCGAAGCGACGAGCAAGUGAGCGGCGCUCGGCGGGCCGGGGAGAGAGGGAGAGAGGCGCGGCCAGGAGAGGCGGCCGGUCCGGGAGCGGGCGCCGGGGAAGGGGUGCAGUCGGGCGCCGGAGCGGCGGCACGGGCAGCGGGGCCACGUCCCUCUCAGCGCCGGCUCAGCUGGAGCCCCGCGGGCCCCCCGGACGCAGGCUGCCUUCUCCCGGCAAGUGUCCGAGCCGCUCCGAAACUCCGGCGGCGAGUCGACCACAGGAAGUUUAUUCUCAGCUCCUUUUCUAAAAGGAGGAAAUAGAAGUUUCUCCCAGCGGGCAGUCUUUUCUUUUCGCCUUUUUCGCCCUGUCUGAAAUCGGGGGCCCCCGGACCCGGCAGGCGUGACCCCCUGGGCUCCUUCUCUUUUUUUUUAAUUUCCAGUUUUUGAUCCCGCGAGCCGUCCCGGCUGGGCUCCGGCUGCGCGCGGGAGCGGGAGGGCGCGCGCAGGGGAGGGACAGAGGGACGCGCGGACUUUUAGAGGGAGGGACUGGGUGGCCCGCCGGUCCCGCGGCGCUCGCGAAGCAGGAAAGAAGUGCGGCGCGAGGCGCUCGGGAGGCACCGUCCCCGGGCUGUCGCCGCCUCCCGUCCGCGCCCGCCACCGUCGGGGAGAAGCCCGGGAGCGAAGACCAGAGCCCGAGGCGCGGCCGGCAGGGAGCGAGCGCGCAGCAGCCGGUGCGCGGCCGCGGCGAGGGCGGGGGAAGAAAAACACCCUGUUUCCUCUCGGGCCCCCACCGCGGAUCAUGUACCAGGAUUAUCCCGGGAACUUUGACACCUCGUCCCGGGGCAGCAGCGGCUCUCCUGCGCACGCCGAGUCCUACACCAGCGGCGGCGGCCAGCAGAAAUUUCGGGUAGAUAUGCCUGGCUCAGGCAGUGCCUUCAUCCCCACCAUCAACGCCAUCACGACCAGCCAGGACCUGCAGUGGAUGGUGCAGCCCACAGUGAUCACCUCCAUGUCCAACCCAUACCCCCGCUCGCACCCCUACAGCCCCCUGCCAGGCCUGGCCUCCGUCCCUGGGCACAUGGCGCUCCCGAGACCCGGCGUGAUCAAGACCAUUGGCACCACCGUGGGCCGCAGGAGGAGGGAUGAGCAGCUGUCCCCGGAAGAGGAGGAGAAACGUCGAAUCAGAAGGGAGAGGAACAAGCUGGCCGCAGCCAAGUGCAGAAACCGACGCCGGGAGCUGACGGAGAAGCUGCAGGCGGAGACAGAGGAGCUGGAGGAGGAGAAGUCAGGUCUGCAGAAGGAGAUCGCCGAGCUGCAGAAGGAGAAGGAAAAGCUGGAGUUCAUGUUAGUGGCCCAUGGGCCCGUGUGCAAGAUCAGCCCCGAGGAGCGCCGAUCACCCCCAGCCUCCGGGCUCCAGCCCCUGCGCGGUGGAGGUGGCGGAGUGGGUGCCGUCGUGGUGAAACAGGAGCCCCUGGAAGAGGAGAGCCCGUCAUCCUCCUCGGCUGGGCUGGACAAGGCCCAGCGCUCUGUCAUCAAGCCCAUCAGCAUCGCUGGGGGCUUCUACGGGGAGGAGCCCCUGCACACCCCCAUCGUGGUGACCUCCACGCCUGCUAUCACUCCGGGCACCUCGAACCUCGUCUUCACCUACCCCAGCGUCCUGGAGCAGGAGUCGCCUGCGUCACCCUCCGAGUCCUGCUCCAAGGCUCACCGCAGAAGCAGUAGCAGUGGGGACCAGUCAUCAGACUCCUUGAACUCCCCUACUCUGCUGGCUCUGUAACCCAGCUCCCAGGGGUUCCUCGUCACUGCCUCCUUCCCAGGGACCAGCACCUUCAAGCGCUCCAGGGCCAUGAGGGCAAGAGGGGGACCCUACCUGAGAGCUUCCUGGCUCCGGGGAGACCCAGGUGGGAUUUGGCGGUGAGGUGGUGAGGACGUAGGGGAUCUCCUAGAACUCAACGGGACCUCCUCCCUCAUUCAUCUUGCAAAGCAAAUCCUGUGUCUUGAAGAGCCUUGGAGAACUUGGUGUGGGGGACUCAGGCAUCUCUCUGGCUUCUGAAAAGCCUGAAGCUGGUGUGGACCGUUCCUGUCCCUUUGUCACGAUCUGUCUCUGGAGUGAUGGUGUCCUUCCCCGCCCCACCAAGCAUGCUCAGUGCCUUUUGGUUUCACCUUCCCUUUAUUCGCCCCUUCCUCCCCCCAGUGUCAAUUUCACUUCCUCUUGGUUUUUAUCAAAGUUGCCAUGACAUUUCAUCUGGGUGGUCUGAAUAUUAAAGCUCUUCAUUUCUGGAGACGGGGCGGCAGGUGACUGACUCUUCUGCUGGGGCUGACUGGUCCAGAAGGGGACAGUCAAUGUGCAAUACAGACCCUUCCCCCCCUUGACACUCCCCGGCCCACCACCAUCUCCAGAACCACCAGCAGAGCUCCCUGAGCUUGCAAGGAGAUGCUGCCAUCACUGGGAGCCUGGAGGACCCAUCCUCCCCGUCCUCGGAGACAACUUUUGGAGGAGCAGCUUGUCCAGAAGACAGGGUGUGAGUGCGACAGCCGGGGCACAGGCUGGGUUUGCCAAAUGCCUACUUACUGGGCCAGGAAUAGUGCCAACAAUCACACAGGUGUGUCCUAGCCAGCUUGCCUUGACCUAGUGUCUUGAGCAGGAUGUCUCCUACGAUUACUGCCUCACCAUCCUGUCCCUGGACCCUUCUCGCUACACCAGGGAGGUGUCCCUCCCUAGGAACCGCACAUCACUCCCAAGUCUCUAUUGGCUCUGCCGUCGCCGGCCUGGCUCUUGGGGUGACGCCACCCACCGAAAUUUAAUGAGCGUGGGCCUCGCCCCUCCCCAGUUGCUGCUGGGUGGGCCCCUCCCCAAGCCUCAAAGGCACCUUUGCUGUGAAUAGAAAGGUAGGGGAGGAAGGAGGGAGGCAAAGUGGGACUCGCCUCUCAGUGAGAUGCCAGGCCUUUUCUGCCCUCUGUGGUCAUCUGCUGCCUGAUGGAGCGCUUUUUCUCUUCCACACCCUGUCCACACUGUGCUCCUCAGGUCCAGCUGUGAACCGCUGACCCAGAGCUGUUGCUGAGGCUUGGGCUUCCGUGCCAUUCCUGGGGGCUGCUGAAAUCAGAGAUAAGAUGCAUUGCUUCCCACUGCAGGGGGGGGGUGGGAUCGGGGAGGGGGUUCCUCCCGGCCUCUUGCAAGAGCACAGCUCAGCGCCGGCCCUGCCUCCCACCCCUCUGAGCCUUUUCCUCCCUAAGGCAAAGUUCUGGCUGAUCUAGAAUCGGCCUCUGCUGGGCUAGUGCUUUGUUGUGAUUCAGCUCUAGAGAUCAUUGUAUGAUAAUUUAAAAUUAUAUAGAUAUUAUUUAAAUCAAACCCAAUGGGGGUUAAAUUUCAAAGUUAGACUCGGGGGAGAGAGAGAGAGAGCUGUGACACGUUAGUUCACUUGUUCCUUCAUACACCCAGGCCUCUAGGGCGGGUCCUCGCUUAAUGCCCGUGACCCACCUCCGCAUUCUAGAAUGAACACACAGAAUGGAGCAGCCAAAUGCUUAAAGUACGUGGCCCACUCUGACCAAGAGUGAAGUGGGAACGGAUAAGCCAUGCAGAGAGUGGAUAUCAAAAGGAUUUCCCCCCACCAAAAAAAAAACCUUAAAAAUUCCUAGGCUAUGAUGCUGCCCUCCUGGUGUCCCAGAGGCUCUGGGACAGGGGGGCAUUAGAUUGGGCAGUUGAGUUUCUGGCUUCGGAUUAAUCAGAGAAACAGAAGUCAGCCAGAAGCAGCAGGAGGUGGGCAAAUAAAACGGGUGCGCUCUGCUCUCAAGGGCUUGAUCAUCUCAAGUGGUAUUUGUGGCCGAUUGGGAGCUCUUUGCUUCUUUUUGCAUAUAUAUAUUUCUUAAAUGAAGCUGCUUUUUGGUGUUUUGUUUCUGAAAGUCCCUUUGUGCUUCACUUUGCCCGGCGCUGAUCCUGAGGCAGGCCGUCGUCUGUGACUUGGGGCCAGCCUGGACGUUCCCGGGAGAGAGUUUGGCUCUAGUGCCCAUUUCAAGCUGUGUUGGCUUUGGGACCAGCAGAAGGCAAAAACUCCCCCAGCUCGCAGGGCUUUAGAGGCCUCUAAGCCGCAUUCCCGCUCAGGACCUUGGAGGGGAUUUGGCCUCCCCAAAGCCAGAGGCUGACCAUUCACACCUAACUCACGAACAGAUCCUCAGUUAUGUCUUCUGGCUUGUUCUCGAAGUUCCUGCACACACACCAUUGUUCCAGAAUCGCCGGAUGCCAGGCCUGCUUUCUCCUCCCACGGCUCCCACUAAAGGAACAGCGGCAGCGGGGGCGCCUUGGUGCUUAGGCGGGAACUGCAGGGCCUCCUCUGUGGCCCCAGCCGCCAGGCAGCUCUGGAACGGCCUAGGGCAGGCGCGCCUUGACAGGCUAGUGUGAAACACACAGUCCUCAUGGCCACCUGGCUGGCCUCGCGGGGAUCCGUCCCCUUCCUGGCUGAGUGGAGGGGCACAGCUGCUGACCCAGGAAAGAGAGGAGAUCCCAGGUGAAGCUUAGGAAAUAGCCGGGGCAGCUGCACGCAGAGCUUUCGUGGGGAAGUUUGCAGAAAGACAUCAUUGUUCUGCCUGUGAGAAAGGACAGGUGGGUCCACUGGCCAGUCACACAAGCAUCUCAGCCAGGAGCCAUCAGAGGCUGUGGCUUCCUUUCCUCAGGCUUUGGGGACGAGAGCAACAAGAGCCUCUUCCCUGCUCCCACUUGGCUCAAAGUCUAAGGGAGGGCUCGACGCCAUAGGCAUUGGAAUUUUUCUCCCUUUUCCUUGAUGGACCAACAGAUGUUCCUGCGAUCUCACCGUUUACCUUUCAGAUUGAUCUCCUUUCGGGAUCAGAGAUCACACAGCCCCUUGAAGAAGGAAAUGAAUAAGCACCUACUACGUGCCAGGCACUGUGUUAGGCACUUUUAUAAAUAUACCCUCUUUAGGAUGAGACUGAGGGGUGAGGGUAUCCCCUAUUAAAGGCCCUCAAGUAAUGGAUAAACAAAAACACUUCUUCAAAGGUCCGUCUUCAAAGAGUUGAGGCAAGGUUGCCUUCAGUCGGAGGUUUGUUCUCAAAGACCCAUCCCCCACGGUACCCUCCCACCUCCAAACUUCUCUUCCCUCUCUUUUGUGAUGUGCUCCUUUGCACUCCUCAGAUGGUUGGAGGGGUAACUAGAGUCCUUCUAGAAUUUGUGGACCAAUAGGAUAUGUGAUGUGUGUAAUUUCCUUUAAAAACUUAAGUAAAGGGGUCUUGCUACUUUCUGCUUGUUGAGUCUUCUCGACAUUUAUCUUUAAAGCCAGCAUCUCACUAUUUAUUGACAGGUUGGGUGUGUGUGUAUGUGUGUGUGUGUGUGCGCGCGUGCGUGUGUGCCUACAUUUCCAAGUGUGCCUCCUGCAGCUUUUAAAAAGGAAACUCAAUCAUCCCACUAAUUUGACAUCUCAUGCUUCUAGUGUUUUGGCCAUACAUUAACAGAGGGCUUUCAUUGGCCAGUGCUGAUGUGUCAGGAAAGGCUGGGUCAAAUUUUGAGCGGGGUAUGGGAAGGGGAGGGGGAGAAGAAAUUGACAUUUAUUUUAUUAUUUAUUUAAAAUGUUUACAUCUCUGUGUUGUACCAAGCCUGAAUAGAAACAGCAUUAAAAUACUCAGCUCCUCUCUCCCUCUCUUUCUUCAGUUUUUAAAAAAAUUUAGGCUAAUGAUGCUUUUUCGUUUCUAAAAUGACUUGUGACAUGUGCUGUAUAAACUGUAUAAAAAGGUUCUGUUCUUAAAGACGGAUGGUCAUUCCUCUGGGGACAGCGGUCACCAGGAAGUCUACAUUGUAAGAGAAUAUGACGGAAGAUCCUGCCCUGUUCCUUAAAAUUUUUUUUCUCUGUAUGAUUAAAAGUUUAUUCCAUUUC